AACAAGCAGGACGUCGUCCGGAUGUUCCAGGAGGUGGGCGAGUCCGAGUUUCGAAUCAUCGAACACAGCGGGUUCUACUUCGGGUUCGCGUUCGGGAUCGUGCAGAUGAUCACGUUCUACUGCGUCGACACGUUGGCGCCCAACUUCUCCGGCCCGUUGCUCCCGGUGUUUGGAUUCAUGGUGGGAUACGCGACGAAUUGGUUCGCGCUGAAACUGAUCUUUCGCCCCAUCCACCCCACGCGGGUGUGUUGCUGCGUCGUGCAGGGGGCGUUCCUGAAGCGCCAGGACCAGGUGAGCGAGAAGUUCAGCGAGCUCAACGUGGAGCUCUUCUGCAACGCGAAGAACCUCUGGGAGGAGAUGAUGUUCGGUCGUCUGCGGGAGGAGUUUGGCGAGCUGGUGAAGCGCAACACGCGCAGGUUCACGGACGUCACCAUCGGCAAGGGCGCGGGGGCGGUGAAGAUGGUGUUCGGCGCGGACGCCUACGCGCGGAUGAGGGAGAAGAUCGCGCAGAAUUUGGUGAACGAGCUGCCGAGGUGCGUCCCGGUGUCUUACGAGUACCAGGACAAGGCGCUCGAGGUUGAGGCGACGGUGUGCAAGGCUAUGAAGGGUCUGCCCCCCGACGAGUUUGAGGGCGUGCUGCACCCGGUGUUCGAGGAGGACGAGAUCAAGCUGAUCGUGGUGGGCGGGUGCCUCGGGGCGCUCGUGGGGUUCGCGCAGUACAUCCUGCUGUUCAGCGGGGGAAUAUAGUGCUACUAGCUAGCAUAGGCUACUCAACUUAGGCUACGACGGAACG